AUGUCCUCCUCGGGCAUCUCACCUACACAGGUGUCGCCAACGGCACCCGCUGCCGAUACCACCACUGCUGCUGCUGCCACUCCGGCUGCUGCUGUCGCCGCGCCCUCCUCCGGGUCGUCCAGCUCUACCUCCAACGGCGCGACUCCCGCGCCAUCCACUGCUCCCACCGCCAGCUCAUCCAGCAGCACUGCCCAAGAUGAGAGCCUUGUGUGCCGGUGGUCUGAGUGCAACGAACGGUUCACGUCUGCCGAGGUCCUUUAUGAGCAUAUCUGUGAGAAGCACGUCGGCCGCAAGAGCACCAACAACCUCAACCUCACAUGCCAGUGGAACGCUUGUAGGACAACCACUGUGAAGAGAGACCAUAUCACUUCCCACAUCCGCGUCCAUGUUCCCCUGAAGCCCCACAAGUGCGACUUCUGCGGCAAGUCGUUCAAGCGCCCUCAGGAUCUCAAGAAGCACGUCAAGACUCAUGCCGAUGACUCUGUUCUGGUCGGCAGAACCCAGGACCAGCCCGGUGGCAUGAACCCCGCCUACCGUGCUCACCCAAACUCCAAAGCUCCCCCCGCUUUCUAUGAUCAUAAUGGCCACAUGCGCGGUACUAACACCGGCCCCUUUGGCCACCCGCACCAGCAGAAUGGUCAGCCUAGUUACUACGGCCAGCACCCCGCGGCUCCCCAGCACCCAUCUUAUCACGCUGGGCCCCCCAUGUACUACUCUCAGCACAUGGGUGCUCCCCGCGGAGAUUUCAUGAGCCACCAUGCCUCUUCCUAUGCCGACCCCCGGGAGAAGCGCCAGCUGGAUAACUUGAACGAGCUCUUUGGAAACCUCAAGCGCCGUCAGAUUGACCCCAGCUCGUACCAGCAGGUAGGCCGCUCCCUGAUGCCCAUCCAUGGUCUUGGCUUCCAGGCUGGCGGCGGUGUAGCGACCGAGUACAUGGCCCAGGCUCCCCACACCCUCGCCAUGGGUGGUGGUUCCCAUGCCACUCCUCUCACCCAGCACUACUAUCUGCCACCCAUGCCCAACCUUCGCACCAAGGAGGACUUGACCCAGAUCGACCAGAUGCUCGAGCAGAUGCAGCACACCGUGUAUGAGAACACCGGGUCUCCCAACUCUCACUAUGCCCCUGUUGAUCUCCGUCACCCAUCGCCUUCUUAUGCCGCUCGCCCAGCCGUCGACCCCUAUGCUGCUUCUGGCGCUCAGCAGGUUGUGUCUCCUCUCAGUGCCGCCCCGUCCCACUCCAGCAGCGGCACCCCCGCCGUCACCCCUCCCUCCAGCAACAUGUCGUACACUUCUGGCCACUCGCCUACCACCUCGUCCUCCGGCAUGUCUCCCAUCUCGCGCCACAGCUCCACCUCGGUCGCCUAUCCCAACCUCAGCAGCCGUGCCAACCCUCUGCCUUAUCCUCCUACGGCUGCUGGUCUCGGGUCCAACUUCACUCACAAUGAGCGCCGCCUCUCUGGUGGUAUGCUCCAGGCUGCUGCCCGCCGCUCUGGCUCCGAGUCGGACGGUGCCCGCACUCCCACCGCUGCCCAGCCUGGUGCCUCCUCGGUCAGCUCACCUAGUGGCGAUUCUGAGGGCCCUGAUGGCGAAACCUAUGAUGACUGGCUCAAUAACAUGCGCACCAUCGAGGCCUUGAGAAGCGCCAUCCGCCAGCGCCUUGAGCGCCGCGACUACGAGGAAGACACGGAUAACAGCCGUAUCGACCCGGCGCUCGCUGAUCGCUCUCGCCCCAGCCCUCCCACUGACCCCGGCCGGGUCACUUACCCCGUGCUCCCUCCCGCGGGGCACUAA